AUGGCCAUCGAGGCAACCGCCUGGCCAAACGGGCACCAAGGCAUCGAGGCCCACGCCAUCAGCCAUCGAGCCAUCGGCCUGGCCCAACCACCAUCGAGGCAUAGCCGCCAUCGGCCUACCCGCAUGGCCAUCAAGGCGGCCGCCUGGGCCGACGGGCGCCAAAGCAUGCAGGCUCACGCCAACAGCCAUCGAGCCAUGCGCCUAGCCAAACGGCUACCAAGGCAUCACGACAAACUGCCGACCCGCAUGGCCAUCAAGGCAGCCGCCUGGCCCAACGGGCACCAAAGCAUGCAGGCUCACGCCAACAGCCAUCAAGCCAAGCGCCUAGCCAAACGGCUACCAAGGCAUCACGACAAACUGCCUACGCGCAUGGCCAUCAGGGCAACCGCCUGGCCAGAUGAGCAUGGAGGCACCCCGCCGACGCCAACGGGCACGGCGGCAUCUACACCAAAUCGUGCCAGGGCCCUCGGGCUAGACUUUUAG